AUGAAAACAACAGUGGGUACAAUCGUGAAUCAGCCCCUGCUGGUCAGGGUGCUUUUAAGGAUGCACCUCCUAAACGGCAUUUCUCUGGUGGGGAUGGUGAUGGAAGGCCAUUUGAAAGGCGUGGCUAUGAGGGAUCCAUUAUCUGCUAGGCCCUUUGAAGGGCUCAAAUUUAUUGAUGUUGGCUGUGGAGGUGGAAUUCUUUCUGAGCCUUUAGCUCGGAUGAGAGCUGCUGUAACAGGAGUUGAUGCUGUUAAGAAAAAUAUCAAGAUAGCUCGCUUUCACUCAGACUUGGAUCCAGUGACCUCAAAACUUGAAUGUCAAUGCACUACAGCUGUUAAAAGUUACAAUGCUGAAAAGGGGAGGGCUAACAAAGUGCCUAAAUUAAGACUACUCCCGGGCGUACCUAAACAACCGGGCGGAAUUGAGUGUGGCUACUAUGUUAUGCGGUACAUGAAGGAUAUUAUUAAUGAUGACACACUUUCCUUUUCGACCAAGUGGGCGGUAAAGACUCGGAAAGGAUAUACCCAACAACAACUUGACGAGGUGCGCAUGGAGGUGGCCGACUACUUGCAGACCUUGUUGUAGAUUCUGACUAGGAUGGGGAUUUUGAGUAAGGCUAGAUUGCUAUUUUGGUUCACUUUGACUACUUACAGACCUUGUUGUAGAUUCUGACUAGGAUGAGGAUUUUGAGUCAGGCUACAUAGCUUUUGGUUCACUUUUUUUGUAGUAGAUGAAGUGAAUGUAGCAAUUAUGAACAAAAUUGCUGUAUAUAGGGCAUUGUUAGGCUAGCCUUGUAGUAGGUUAAUUGGGGUUUUGUUUUGCCUAUUUUGUGAACUGUCAAUGAUGAUGAUUUUGGACAAAAUACCCCAAUAUAUAUUGAAAUCACUUUGGUCAA